GCUCAAAAGGGGGUUAAAAAAACAAAAAUAAGAAAAAAAAGGGGCCAGCCCAACCCUUCCUCCUCUUCCCCUUGAUUUUUAUUUUCUUACUCCCUCACAUUCCAAGAAUCUCAAAACCUGUAGCCUGCGUAGCCAAUUUUCCUCCUCCUGCAUUAAAACCCCCACAUUGCCCCCUCUGUUGUUCAAUUUUUUGUUUUCAACCCCGGCCGGACGGUAGAAAGCGCGCAACAAGAUUGGCUGCUCCGCCGGCCAAGCAACGCCGCCGCCGCCGCCCCCGCAGUGACUUGCUCUCCUCCACCGCCCCCUCGCCGCCCGCCGGCGGCCAAAACCCUCUCCUCUAAUUCGAAGUCGGAGGCCUCGUAAGCUUUUAUUUCUCUAUGGCUGGCUGGACCCUCUCCUCGGAAUCCCUCUCCCUCGACGUUGCGGAGAUCCUCCGCAAGCUCCAGAGCGUCGGCUUCUGCAGCCAUCUCGAUGUCCCCGCGAAAGAGCUUAGCAGGGAGAACCUCGGCACCCUCUUCGAUCGGAUGCUUUCUGCUUUCUUGAAGGAGAUCUACUGGAGGUGGGAGAUUCGGCCGCUGCCGGCGACGCUCGGAGAUGGGCGGCCGGUUGAUUUGUUCAAGCUUUAUUCGGUUGUGCACGAGAAGGGCGGGUACAGCUUGGUGACGAAGAGUCAGCAGUGGGCUGCGGUGUCGGAGGCGAUCGGGUUGGACCUCAAAGUUGGCUCUUUGUUGAAGUUGAUCUAUAUCAAGUAUCUUGAUGCGCUAGACCAGUGGAUUGGGGUAGUUUCAGCUAAGAAUUCAGUGAAGAAAUCAAAGGCCAUCAUCAGAGGUCUUCCAUGUGAAGUUCCUGAUCAGAAGAAGGAAGAAUUUCCCACUGUGCCACCUUCAACUUCGAAGAAAGAUCAGUCCUUGACACUGGCUAGAGGGAACGAGUGCAGAGUGCUGAUUGGUGAUAGUGUGUGUGAUAAUGAUGGUAUGUUGGUUGAGGACAGGGGUGCAGUGAAUGGCAGGUUUUCUCAUCUUAAACGGAAGCGGGAGACACUCGUGGGGAUGCUGAACUGGUUGAAAAAGUUGGCAAAGAAUGCCGGCAAUCCUUCGAUAGGAAAGUCAUUCUUGAAGGAUCGCAUGAAAAGUAAGGAGGCUCAUGCAUUCGAUGAACUCUAUUCGCAGGUGCUUCUGGCCAGGCAGGCAAUGCUUAUCAGAAAGAUCCAGUGCACAAGCUCUAAUGGUCCUCUCAUGCAGAAAGGACAGAAGAUACAUCCUUCCAUUUAUGAGGAUUCUAUUGAUGACAAUUCCCAGAACAGAGAGAAAAUAAAAUGUAGCCAGAGGCUUCAAGCUGUAAACAAGCAAUAUGCUCCAGGCUUUUCUUCUGGCACAUCCACAAAUCCUGAUGAUGACAUGGAUGAGAAGGGUUUUGUGGCUGUAGGAGGGGAGAAUAAUGAUAUCAAACAAAGACUCCGAAAUCCCAGCUUGAUGCUUGACGCAAUAGCUGACUUGCUAUCCAUAGAUCGACUACAGAAGCAGCGGGUCCCUGUGGACCCAUCAUUUCAAGCAAAUGUGCCAGAUUGGACUGGGAAGCCUUAUGAAACCUCUAGUGAUCCUGAGACCUUGAAAUGGUUGGGGACACGGAUCUGGCCUCCAGAAAAUCAAGAGAAGAGGCUGUCAUUCAGUCAGAAUCCUAUUGGAGAAGGAAGGAAAGAUAUCUGUCUUUGUGAACGCGCAGGUUCUGUAGAGUGUGUCAGAUUUCAUGUGGCCGAGAAAAGACUCCAAUUGAAAUGUGAGUUGGGUCCAGUUUUCUAUGCUUGGAGAUUCGAUCGCAUGGGCGAGGAAGUUUCACUUUCAUGGACAGAGGAAGAGGAAAGGAAGUUCGAAGACAUUGUGCGCCUGAAUCCAUUGUAUCUGGCAAAGAAUUUUUGGAACCAGCUUUAUCUACGUUUUCCAUUUAAGGGGAGGAAAAAUCUAGUGAGCUAUUACUUCAAUGUGUUUCUUCUUGGACGUAGGAGUUACCAGAAUAGGGUGACUCCAAACAGCAUUGACAGUGACGACGAGGAGCCAGAGUUUGGCCCUUUAAAAAAUCGUUUUGGCCAUGAUGCAGUCAAGGUUCGUCAUCCUGAGUCUAUUGUCUGCAUCGUUAAUGCAGAGUGUGUGGAUUUGGAUAAUGAUAUAGAUGCAAAUUAGAAUUCUAGGAUGGUGAUGUAAACUAGGAGCAGCAUAACUGAUCUUCACUUUUCAGAGCAGCAAUUUUGACCAGAGAUGAUUAUUUUCACUCUCUUGCUAUGAUGAUGAUGAAAACUCUCGUAGAGGCUAGAUCUUGUUGUGGAUGGAUUUAUGAUUGUUCAAGUAAGAUUUUGCUAAGAUUCUUACUGACAUUGUUGGCAUGAGCUCAGAUGGACUCAGAUUUUCCUGCAGUUUUGAGAUGAUAACAGCCAUUUGGAUACAUAUGGACACAGUAAGGCUGUCGAGUGUGGACUGUAUCUUCAUUUUUGCCUCAAGAACCAAGGACGUAAACUUGGCCUGGCAGUCAUAACAUAUUAUUCAAGGUUUCAUCACAGGUACUUAGGUUCACUGUGCUCUCUCACUUAUUUUAUUUUGUCUUUGAAAUGCUUAGUGAAAAUCAUGUGCACUUGCCCAUAAGUCCAUGGAUACUCAGUCUGGUUCAAACAUAUGUGCAAUUCUGUUGUCCUAAAAUCAAGAAAGGGAAGGGGGAGAAAAGAUGAAAACAGAAACAUUAAGUGGCCUUUCAAAAUUCACAUGAAGAUCUCCAAUUGCCCAUAGUAGAAGCUGUUGUUGAAAAACAUCUUGUCAUACAUAUGGCUUUAGCACAUCAUAGAAUGAUGUAGGAGGCUAUACAUUCUUUGCCAUUUUGGGUGGCAAAGAUUUGCAUUUUGCCAUUGCUGUUCUCAGAAUUUGUGCUGCAGCCGAUUUUUUUUUUUUUUUUUAAUGCUCACAUGAAAUAUUAGCAUUUUUGACGAGGAAACAACUCUUAUAGCUUAUACAAAGUGAAUUGAUCUCUCAUAGGAAACUUUUGGAAGAGACUGAAUUCAUGAUUUAUGUUACCAAAAUCUCAUUCAAAGUAAUACAGCAAUGGUUAACACUCACAUUUCCUGUUCAGUGCUACAAAGGAAAAAGCAAGUUCUCCAGAAGGUUUCUGAAACUAUUCUUUUGAAAGGGCUAGAGGGAUGAGAGCUAACUAGAAUAGUGCCCACUUUUGAAGUCUUAAGUUGCAACAUUUUGAAAAACAUUAUCCUUGUUCUCAUGUAACUUCUAAAUGAUAGUUGAAUUCCAAUUCAUAUACUUUUGAAAUGAUUUCAGACGAAAAAUUGUCAAGAUUGCUAUAACUUACAACUUGAAGUUUUAAUACAGAAGUAUGAUGAGUAGGCUAAUCACAAAAAUAGAAAUAAAAAUAUUGAAGUUUGAAGUUUCAGUCAGAGACCACCAUUUGGAUAAUGUUGAGUGAAAUCAUUAUCAAUUUCUUAAGGAAAACUUUGUAAGAUGUAUGCUUUUUUAAUAUACGAGAAAUAGAGAUAUUUUAAUAGCAUAUUCUGAAUAUUGUGGGUAAUAUUUGGGGACAUCCUUUUACCUAUAAGUGUUCCCCAUGGACCUUUUCAAGGCUUUUUCAUCAUGUGUCUUUAAAUUCAUUCUUCUGAGAUCCAUUCCUUCAAUUGGGCAUGCUUGCUACAUUAGAUUUUGCAUAUAAACUAUAUUGAUUUAUUCUGCUUGGCAUGGCUAUACAUUCGGUAUUCAUGAUGUAUUAUUGAUUUGAUCUUAAUAUCAUGCUUUGUGUUGACUUUGUAACUUCCAUUAAGAUUUCUUUAGCCUUUGAUUUAGAAAAGGUAAUUUGAAGCUAAAAUCAGUGUUUGUAAAGACGUCUAAUACAAUAUGUUUCUAGAUUUUGGUUGUGUGAUUGAAAUAACUGAAGAAUCUUAGAGCCAAAAUUAUGUUUGCAAUGAGCACCAGAAUCCAGUCAAUAUGAGUCAAUAUUGGACAUUUUGAACACAGAGAAUACAUAAAAAGGCAUAUUUUGAUUAGCCUGACAGAAAUUGAAUUCUCAUGGUGCUUUCUCUUUAUCCUUCUUUCAUAAGCAAGCUUGGUAUCUUGGAGUUUUAGAUAAUUUAUAGGAGGAUCGAGCAUGGCUAGAAACAUAUAGGUGAUUACUUAUAAGAAUACAUGUUAUAAUCUUUGUUGCUGUUGAAGAGGGAAGAUAUUCAACCACAGAGUUCUGAGAAUAAGUGCUGAAAAUUAAGAUUUUUAUUCUACCAUCUGUCUCGUGAGUAGGUCGACCCUUGUUAUGUAUACUUUGCCAUAGGUUUCCUUGAAGAAGCUAUGGAGAAAGCAGAAGAGAUGAUGACUUUGCCCUUUCUACAUUGCUUUCUUAUAGCAUCUUACCAAAUGGACAAGCGGUAUGAGAUGGAACUGAUUGGCCCAAAGAGAAAUAUGAAUUGAGAAACCAUCAAUCCUUGUGCUCAACUAUGGAUGAUCAUCUUCUUAACAUUUCUGUUAUUUUUAUGAGCAGAUGUUGUUUGACUGGUCAAAUGUAUUUCCUUGGAUCACCAAGCAUGGUAUAGACUUCAAUUUUCUUCAUCCGAUCAGAAGUUGCAAGGAUCCUUCUGUUGUGCUA